AUAUUUCUCGGAGUUCAUAAAUGUGAUUUUAUCGCAAUUCUAAACAAUUUGCAUUCCAGGACGUUUAAUCAUAGAAUACAUAUGUUGCGUGCAUCCGCUUUCAGCAGCUUCUCCAAAUAGUCGAAGCAAUGCUAUCUAUUAGCAAUCUAUACCGAAAAUGACAUCAGCAAAUUUAGUCUUAAAGUAUUUGGUCAAUAACAAGUUUGGGUAAUCUGCAAAUUGCUGUCCUAACGAAAAUGUCGGAAAAAAAAGAUUGCCCCAUUAAGGCAAAAUAUCGAUUCAACGAGGACGAGUUACGUGUUUUACAUGAAUGUAAAACAGAAUCGUUUUACCAACGUUCCCUUCCUCUCAGCACAACAUUUGGGCUAGCGGCUUACUUAGGUGUUAAGCGGGGUGUUCUAACGCCCAAUGCUAAAUAUGGAGCUGUCCCAAAAGUUAUUUUAGCCGCCAUGUUGGGCUACUUUGUGGGCAAAUGGAGUUAUCGACAAAAAUGCGCUGAGAAACUUAUGGCUUUGCCCGAUUCCAAAUUUGGGGAAAUGUUGCGCCAUAGAAAGCACCACAAAUGCGAAGGUGGUUUCUUUAAUCCCCAACAGAGUCUAUGUAUGGGAAUGCCUUUUGGCCCGUUCAACCUCAAGGAGAGCGAUGUUCACUGCGAUAAACAUUUGCAUCCCGAUAACAAGAACAAACAAAAUGCUGAAUCAUCGAAGUCAUAAACAGCCGAUGAUGAUGAAAUUUACCGAACCAGUUGAUUCCGACUUACCAUUAAAUCCUCACAAGCCUACAUCGUUUAUUCAAAUGUUAACAAAAAUUUAUGUACAUAUGUAAUUUUGUGUAAAGUAAUUUAUUAAAAUUUUGAAACUUUUA